AUGGGAAGUGUGCCGCAGGCCGAUUGGAUCUGUCUUUAUAAACAGCUACUGAGGUCGGCCUCACAGUUUCCGCAAUAUAAUUAUCGAGAGUUUUUCAAACGAAGAAUACGCGACCACUUCACGGUAGCAGUGAAAAACAACAACAUCUCAAAAGCCGAAUUUUACACGAAGUGUCAAGAGCUGCUGCAAGUAAUUCGGCGUCAGUCCACUUUAUACCAGAGUUAUCCUGUCUCGAAACUUGUGGUGGAGGGGAAAAGUCGUGAUAAAGAAUCCGCUCAUUGA